UAGUUCAGUUCGGGUGGCUUGCCUGAGAGCUGACGGCAUCGGAGGCGGAUGCUAAGGCUCUCCGAAACGACCUGCUGGCAUGCCAGUUCCCAACUCUUAGAUUGCUUAUAUUCUAGGUGGGGUGGAGGUGGAGGAAGUUUUAAGGAAAAGCUUCCUGGAGGAGGCGCAAGCGAACUGCAGGAGCUUUCCCGGACUCCCGAGAAAGGGAGAAACCCCGAAGGAAUUCCUCCCCUCUCGGGGCUGGGUCUCCGCAUCCACCCCGGGUUUGGUUUCCCAGGCUAUCCCACGUGUUCGGGCGUCCCUGUCAAUCACGUUUUUCCCCGGCUGGGUCCGGGUUUAAAGGCUGCUGCUGCGCAGGGCGCUCCCAUGGUGCCGCGCGGCGGGCGGGUUUGGAUUUUAAAUCCCCGCGGCCAAUCAGUGGCGCGCAGGCUUUUGUAACGUUCCCAGCGCCGCGUUUGAAUUCGGGGAGGAGCGGAGUGGUGCGGAUCCUCUGCUCGGAUCCAGGUCAGCAGAACAGCUCCGGGAGCAUGAGUGCGGCGGCGACUGCAGGGAAGCUGGCACGGGCACCGGCAGACCCUGGGAAAGCCGGGGUCCCCGGAGUUGCAGCUCCUGGAGCUCCGGCGGCGGCUCCACCGGCGAAAGAGAUCCCGGAGGUCCUAGUGGACCCACGCAGCCGGCGGCGCUAUGUGCGGGGCCGCUUUUUGGGCAAGGGUGGGUUUGCCAAGUGCUUCGAGAUCUCGGACGCGGACACCAAGGAGGUGUUCGCGGGCAAGAUUGUGCCUAAAUCUCUGUUGCUCAAGCCGCACCAGAGGGAGAAGAUGUCCAUGGAAAUAUCCAUUCACCGCAGCCUCGCCCACCAGCACGUCGUAGGAUUCCACGGCUUUUUCGAGGACAACGACUUCGUGUUCGUGGUGUUGGAGCUCUGCCGCCGGAGGUCUCUCCUGGAGCUGCACAAGAGGAGGAAAGCCCUGACUGAGCCUGAGGCCCGAUACUACCUAAGGCAAAUUGUGCUUGGCUGUCAGUACCUGCACCGAAACCGAGUUAUUCACCGAGACCUCAAGCUGGGCAACCUUUUCCUGAAUGAAGAUCUGGAGGUGAAAAUAGGGGAUUUUGGACUGGCAACCAAAGUCGAAUAUGACGGGGAGAGGAAGAAGACCCUGUGCGGGACUCCUAAUUACAUAGCUCCCGAGGUGCUGAGCAAGAAAGGGCACAGUUUCGAGGUGGAUGUGUGGUCUAUUGGGUGUAUCAUGUAUACCUUGUUAGUGGGCAAACCACCUUUUGAGACUUCUUGCCUAAAAGAGACCUACCUCCGGAUCAAGAAGAAUGAAUACAGUAUUCCCAAGCACAUCAACCCCGUGGCCGCCUCCCUCAUCCAGAAGAUGCUUCAGACAGAUCCCACUGCCCGCCCAACCAUUAACGAGCUGCUUAAUGACGAGUUCUUUACUUCUGGUUAUAUCCCUGCCCGUCUCCCCAUCACCUGCCUGACCAUUCCACCGAGGUUUUCAAUUGCUCCCAGCAGCCUGGACCCCAGCAACCGGAAGCCCCUCACAGUCCUCAAUAAAGGCUUGGAGAACCCCCUGCCUGAGCGUCCCCGGGAAAAAGAAGAACCAGUGGUUCGAGAGACAGGUGAGGUGGUCGACUGCCACCUCAGUGACAUGCUGCAGCAGCUGCACAGUGUCAAUGCCUCCAAGCCCUCGGAGCGUGGGCUGGUCAGGCAAGAGGAGGCUGAGGAUCCUGCCUGCAUCCCCAUCUUCUGGGUCAGCAAGUGGGUGGAUUAUUCGGACAAGUACGGCCUUGGGUAUCAGCUCUGUGAUAACAGCGUGGGGGUGCUCUUCAAUGACUCAACACGCCUCAUCCUCUACAACGAUGGUGACAGCCUGCAGUACAUAGAGCGUGAUGGCACCGAGUCCUAUCUCACCGUGAGUUCCCAUCCCAACUCCUUGAUGAAGAAGAUCACCCUCCUUAAAUAUUUCCGCAAUUACAUGAGUGAGCAUUUGCUGAAGGCAGGUGCCAACAUCACGCCGCGUGAAGGUGAUGAGCUCGCCCGACUGCCCUACCUGCGGACCUGGUUUCGCACCCGCAGCGCCAUCAUCCUGCACCUCAGCAAUGGCAGCGUGCAGAUCAACUUCUUCCAGGAUCACACCAAGCUCAUCUUGUGCCCACUGAUGGCAGCCGUGACCUACAUCGAUGAGAAGCGGGACUUCCGCACGUACCGCCUGAGUCUCCUGGAGGAGUACGGCUGCUGCAAGGAGCUGGCCAGCCGGCUCCGCUAUGCCCGCACUAUGGUGGACAAGCUGCUGAGCUCACGCUCGGCCAGCAACCGCCUCAAGGCCUCCUAAUAGCCGCCCUCCCCUCCGGACUGGUGCCCUCCUCACUCCCACCUGCAUCUGGGGCCCAUACUGUUUGGCUCCCGCGGUGCCAUGUCUGCAGUGUGCCCCCCAGCCCCGGUGGCUGGGCAGACUGCAUCAUUCUUGCAGGUGGGGGUUGCUGUGUAAGUUAUUUUUGUACAUGUUCGGGUGUGGGUUCUACAGCCUCGUCCCCUCCCCCUCAACCCCACCAUAUGAAUUGUACAGAAUAUUUCUAUUGAGUUCAGAACUGUCCUUUCCUUGGCUUUAUAUACAUUAAACAGAUGUGAAUCUU